AGAAGUGCCCAGGUGAGGUGCGUGGGAGUUGCAGUAUAAGGCAGGUGUCUGGGCCGCCCUCCCCACACACCGCUCGUCGCCUCGCUGCCAUGAACACCCUGGCACAACUGCUGACCGUCGUCCUCUGCUGGGGAUGCCUGAAGGUGUCGGCAUCAGCCAGUCAGCUCCACAGGGUGAACCGCGACGGGGUGGUGUACGCGGCGGCGCCUCAAGAGCGGGGAUCGUACUCUGUGGGCGCUGCAGGAGGGCAGUACAACUAUGGCUACAACACAGGUGAUGGGAUAGCCAAGGUGGAGGUGAGGCAACCUGACGGAUCCAUCGUCGGCUCCUACCGCUACUUCGACCCGACUGGGAAACAGGUGGUUCGCUCGUACAUAGCCGACAAAAGGGGCUUCCGGGUGCUGGGCAACGACCUCCCCAUCAGCCCAGACACCCCGGCGUCAAAGAUCCACGGACUCCAUGCCUUCACUGGCGCCGUGGAAGGCACCAGCGAGUUUGCAAUCCCUCCACCUCUGGGACCCAACACCGUGCAACAGACCCAUAGUGUACAGCUGCAGCAACAGCAGGCACAUCAAAAGUUACAGCAGCAGCAACUACAGGAGAAGCUCGUGCAGCAGUCACAACAACAACAGCAACUACAGGAACAGCUGGUGCAGAAACAACAGGAAGUGUACCGAAAACAGCAACAGCAGCUGGAGGAACAGAGGCGACAGCUUCAGCUCCAACAAGAAAAACUCGAGGCCUUGCAGAGGGAGCUGGAGACACAGCAGCUGAAGAUCCAACAACAAAUACAGCAGCCACAGUUCCCAUAUCAACAACAGCAGCUUCCGGUACAACAACAACCGCAGCCUUUCCAGAUGUCUACCCAGCAUCACUACCAGACGUCCAUCCUGCCCCAGCAACAAGGUCUCCCACACACCAAGAACCACCUGACGGGCGGCAUCACCUCCCCUUAUUUCCUCUUCGACCGUCAGAUCAACUAUGACUUCCCAGCUGGCUUCGCUUACCUGGGGAUGCCAACCAUCACCUCACCUGCCAGCAACACACCUUACCCUAAAUCAUCCUACGUAAUAGGUCAAUCUCGCUAGGGCCUUCCUGAUGCAACUGAUUCAGAGAGAGAGAGAGAGAGAGAGAGAGAGAGAGUCAUAUGAUUUCACGACCGACCACUCUGCUGACGUUGUACUUCUCAUAAUAUAAAGUACAGAAUGACUAACAAGAACACCAGUUGUACUUCACGGACGCUCGAGAUGUACUUAUACAUUUUAAAUAAUUGUUUAUUAGUAAAUACAGAAGAUAUAUAUUACCUCACUUAUCCAAUACCAAAGUUCUUUCUCCUAACUUUACACGAAGCACAGUUCACACGUUUUUCAGUCCUAACAGGCCCCAGUCCUAACAGGCCCCAGUCCUAACGGGCCCCAGUCCAAACAGACUACAGUCCUAACAGGCCCCAGUCCUAACAGGUCCAAGUCCUAACAGGUCCCAACCUAACCUACCAUAAGAAUUAGGGGCUACUCCUAAUGCGGCCCUUAAUUUAAAGGGUUUCAUUACUACUAGACCCUAAUCUUGAUGCUUAGGUUUGAUUAGGGCUUACCGGGGUCUAUUUGGGCUACUGGGGCCUAUUUGGGACCUACUGGAGUCUAUUUGGGACCUACUGGAGCCUAUUUGGGCCUACUGAAACCUAUUUAGGGCCUACUGGAGCCUAUUUGGGCCUACUGAAACCUAUUUAGGGCCUACUGGAGCCUAUUUAAGACUUAUUUGGUCUUACUGGGGACUAGUUGGGACUAUUUAGGGCUGAGGACUUAACACCCUCUUCACUCUAACACUGAAUGGGGUCCACAGUCUACACCAGUGACUUGGGGUCAAUAACCAGGUGGUGGGGGGUCAGGGGUCAAGUGAUCAAGGGGUCAAGGGGUCAAGGGGUCGUCUGGUGGUGGGUUUUAAUGAUGUCAUUGUCUAUUGUUACCCGUGUCUCUUAACUCAGGACCUGUACCUGUUUAUAUCUUGUUAUGAACGUGUAUAAUACAUAGGGAGGGAGGAGUCACUAUUUUCUCCUCCUCUUUGUUGGAUGAUACAUGAGGAGGGAGUUUAGUGUGUGUAUCUCUUACCACGUGUUAUACAUAGGUUCAAUCGCUGUCAGUGUUUAUACAUGAUACAUGGGUCAGUCACUUUGUGUUUCCUCCAUGUAUACAUUGAUAUAAUACACCGUAACUAAACCUUUAAUAAUCUUCAGGCAUAAAUGUGUCUUGAUUUUGUUAUGUAUUAAUAAAUUUAUCUUAAAACAAA